ACAACAACAUCCUUCUUCUCCCCGUCCAUGUUACAACAGCGAUCCCUAUCGUUAUCGUCCUUGGACGAGGUAGUAAAUUUCAACUUGUUAUAUCUGUCCCUGAACUAAUAACGACAAAGUGUUCGUGCCGAUCUAAACGUGAAGUGCAAUGUAUUAUUAUUGAUCUGCUCGACUACAGCGUUGAUAUCAAGACAGUUAGGACCGGAAGAAAAAUCAAAGCACUGAAAGUACUCGUGGUAGUUGAACUUUGUUCAAUAGAAACAGUUACACAUUGAAGUCCUUAUCAACUGCCUUAAACAUUCAAUGUUUAAUCAUGGAUGUUUUCAAUGUUUUGUACAACAAUUGUUAUGCUACACUUCUAUUGGCACAAACAAGCGGAUUUAUUUCAGGUUUGGUUGAUUGAUUGUUGUUUUCCGUCACACUCAACAAUUUUUCAGUUAUCUGGUGGCGCCCAGUUUUUAUUGUUGGAAGAGAGAACCCAGGUUUGGUUGUAAAAACAAAUUGGAAAAAUUGAAAAGUAUUUUGAUUGCAUGAUAAUGUUUUUCCCUUGAAUAAGUAACCAAUGAAUGUUAUUACCAAAUCUAUUUACUAUGAAAGAAAACUAGCAAUAUGUAAAAGUUACUUAUUCAGAAAUAAUGAUAUAUGUCUUCAUUUAUGUCUUCAAAUGAAGACAUGACAGUUAAUAUUGUAGUACAUGAACAACAAAUAAGAGAAAUGUAUAACAGUUAUAGAGGUGGAACUUGUUGGAGCUCUUUAAGCGAAUAUAAAAAAUAUCAACAAUUUGAGAAAUAAAACAUUCAAUCUAUGAAAGCUCGAUAAGAAGAAACCUAGCUCACUUUUAAGGUAUAUUUUUUUAAAUAUAUAAAACAAAAGUAUAUGUAGAUUCCACUAUAUAAGAUUUUAUAAUGUUGGACAAAUCUGAGCAUUAUUCUACAGAGAGAAAAUGAGCGUGUUUGGCAACAUUAAACAGAAUUCAGGAAAAAAUAAAACUUUAUGCAAGGUGAAGAUAAGGAACAGUGAUCAAUCUCAUAACUCCUACAAGCAAUACAAAAUAGAUAGUUGGGCAAACACGGACCCCUGGACACACCAGAGGUGGGAUCAGGUGCCUAGGAGGAGUAAGCAUCCCCUGUCGACCGGUCACACCCGCCGUGAGCCCCAUAUCCUGAUCAGGUAAACGGAGUUAUCCGCAGUCAAAAUCAGCAGGUGUGGCACGAUAAAGAUCCCUCCCUGCUCAAAGUAGGACAAAGGCCAGGAAUCAUAAAGGCAAUCACUCCUGCCGUUUUAGACCGGGCGAAGAUCCGACCAAAGGGAGCUCUUCUCACAGGAAGUUGAUAUUUUAUGUCAAAACUUAAUUUACCAAAAUUGCAUAUUUGAUACUAUAUUCAUGUGUUUGUUUUCAGAUUUCAAAGCACAAGCUUUUGUGGCGCUCCCAGACUCUAUCUGGACCUACAUACAAUCAUACAACCACCUGGUGAGGACACUGUCCAAGUACAGCACUGUGAAAAAUAAUGAUUCAUCCAUCUUUGUUGGCGUGAAGAACCACUCUUCCGAUCUUGUUCCCUGGACAACUUGUGGCAUUCACAAGGCCAUAACAUUUUGUGGCAGACAGUCCAUGGAAGGGGAUCUAACGUCAGUGCAACCCUCAUGAGAAAGUCGAUCGUAACGGGGGUUCGGAAGAGUCAUCCGUGGGCCCGCGACCCCCUGGCGGCUCAUAUGAGCCACCAGCUGUCAACUGCAGACAAGUAUUACAACAUGCAGAAUCGACAGGACAUGGUCAUUCCCUUUUCGGAGGUGAUCACCAACACCAUGACGGAAGGGAACCCAUCAGAUUUACCUGAAGAAACACCAGAAACAAAAACAGCCCCACGGGAUACCCUGGCAAUAGAGGACGUGCCUCCGUCUACCUCCCAGACAGCCUCCUCUCUGGAAGAAGACUUAGAUGAUGUGCAGAUGGAGCAUGGUAGGAGGACUUCCACAGAGAGGGAGGUAAGGAGCAUCGUCCGCCUAUGCAGUGGCCUGACCAAAAACGGGGGCAUUACACAAUCUUCAGUCACCCAUUUCCUCGGUGAUGCGGCGGAAGGUGUCGCCCUGAUGCUCCAAGUCCAGAGUAGGAUCGGGUCUUUUUUCCAAAAGAAGCUUACCAAACGGGUGCAGUGCGAGAGCUAGGCUGAUGAGUGAAAUUCAACAGAUGCCGAUUUCAUGGUCAUUUCAUCUCAAUAUGUUUGUGUGAUAUAUCUUUUCUUUCCAGCUGACGUAUUUCUUGAAUACUUUAGCUGUAUAUUUAAAAAAUACCAACAAAUAACGUUUAUAAUCAUUGACAAAUUGUGUCCUUUAUAUUUAAAGAACUUGCGAUAUUUCUGGUGUAAUUGUUCGAGAAGGUUCUUCAAACACUCCGCCCUAUUUUUCUACUUCUGAUUCAUCUCCAAAAGAAAA